AUGACGCCCGAGGGAGCGAAGCUGCUCGUGAACCGGCGGGCCGGAUCGGCUGGGCAGGCCUCGGGUCUCGGCGGCGGCGGCGCGACCACCGGCUCAGACGGCGAGAAGGAGGCGGAGGACGAGGAGGAGGAGGCGCGCGACGGCGUGGAGCUGCCGCCCAUAGAGGAGAAGCCGGUCUCGCCGGAGGUCCAGGCGGCCGAGCGCGACGUGACGUCUGCCAUGGAGGAGUACCAGAUGCACGAGCGGGUGCACAUGCAGACCCUCUCGGAGUGGGUGGAGGAGUUCAACAGGCUGCACGUCGAGCUCGGGCGGUACGUCAUCGAGCGCGCGCAGUCCUACUACGACAGCCUGUCGCUGUGGCAGACGGUCACACAGGAGUACGCGAGGCAGAGCGAGGAGGUCGAGCAAGUGAACCAGGAGCUCGACGCUGCCGUGAAGACCCUCAGCAAGGUCGAGCAGGCGUUCGAGGCGUUCAUCUCGGGAGGACAGAUCGUCGAGGAGGACUGGGCGAGCCUCGUCCCCCUGAAGCCGGAGCUGGUGCGGGCCAUGCAGGGCAUGGAGAGCGACGAGAAGCUCCUCUGGGCCCUGCGCGUGUCGACGGCCUCUGACAAGGUAGCCUUGCUGCAGCGCCAGAGGGACGCGGCGGUGGGUGUUCAGGACGCCAAGACGCGAGAGUUCGAGGAGGUUAAGAGGCGCUUCGAGCAGGAGGAGGCCUCGCACAGCGGGUGCACGUGGAACUGCAGCGUGAAGCGGGCGGCCCCCUUCUACGAGAAGCGCAGGGCUCACGAGCUCAAGGUCGAGACGCAGCUCGCGGAGAUGCGGCGGGUGGAGCAGCAACUCUACGGCGCGCGCCAGCGGUUGGCCGACCUCCAGAACGCAGGCCUUGGACUGGUCGGCAGGGCGCGGUCGGUGCGCUCCAUGCUCUCCUCGCGCAGCCGCCUCGACGAGAUGAGCCUGCACAGCUUCGAGAUCGCGGGCGCGGAGCCAUGCGAGGACGAGUUCAUGUCAUGCUGCGGCUCCAUCAACUCCGACAACUGA